GAUUCCGAAGGCCGCUCCAACGCUGGAAGCUUGGCUCGCCCCGCAUUCUGCCAGUGAAGCGACUGCAGAGCCCCAGGCAGCCCACCAGGCUUACAAGGCGCCACCGGCGUCUUUUCAAGUCCGAGAUCCAGUGCCAGCUUUCGCUCCGCAGGAGACACCUGUCCAGCAGGCAGACUCCUCGCCGAAGGCGUGGCUGGAUGGUGCCACAUCACAGCUCCCACGGAAAGCACCGCCCGGCUCGUUGCUGUCGCAGGCAGCAGCCGCCUUCGACCUGCCGAAGCAGGCCCCAGCUGCCUUCGGCUUGGAUGCGCCGGUGGCUAUGAAGGCUCCGCCAAUUCCCCAGGAGAAACUUGGCACGCAAAGCCAAGCGAAGCCACCUCCGCCGUCUGUGCCACCUCCCAAGAAGCCGCCACUAUCUUCACAG